UGCUUAUCUCUCGGCAGUUCCCGGCCAGCAACGAGUUGCGCUAGAAGUAUACUUUUUUCAUCCUGCCUGCUAUUCAAGGAUUGCUGUGCCUUUCGUUUUCUCUGAGUGCCUUCAAAAGAAUCGAGUAGACUGAAACGAUGUGGUACAUGCCGGAUCUCUGAAGGGAAUAUAUUCACGCGAGUGGGGUCACGACAGCAGCAGUAUUAGCUCAGCACUUUCUAAAAAAAAAAAAAAUCAAAAGGAAACACGUUUCUCUUUUCAGUUUGAAAGGUGACGAAAGGAAGAGAACAGCUGGAAAGGACGUUUGAAUUCAUUUGUCUCUUGAACUUUUGACAAACUUAAUAAAAUGCUGGGACCGGAAGUUUGCACGAUGAAAUGUCCGCAAUGCCAGGCGGAAAUUCAGACGGGAAUCAAAACUAAACCAGGGUUGGUUCCCAUUUGUUCUGGCAUUUUAAUAUGUCUCUUCGGAUGCGUCCUCGGGUGUUGUCUAAUACCGUGUUUCAUUAAAGACUGCCUCGAUGUAGAACACUUCUGUCCCAGUUGUAACGCUUACCUAGGACGCUUCAAGCGGUUUCUCUGACGGACACUAUGGUAUCGAUGUAACAAGAUCACGGUUCCUAGCCGGUGUUUUUCGUGUUGCCUAAAAAUAUUCUAUAUACUUGGCUUUUUAUCCGUUAUUCGUGCUUAAAAAUACAUGGAUCUUCUUUUGUUA